AUGCAUUUUAAGCUUAUAGGUCAAGUUCCGAAGUUUGAUCCCUCGCGUCCACUUCAAUGUGGCCACGUUAACAGUCCAGAACUGACCUCCAUGAUGAAGGGUAAUCAAUACACAGCCCGAGAGGCGGAAGUGCCAUGGAUGGUGGCUCUUCUGUAUGCUAGAAAUCAUCUUUAUUUUGCUGGCGGCUCCCUAAUUGCUCCAGAUGUUGUGCUAACAGCGACUUCCAUCACAGAAAAACUAAACGAAGACCAGCUAGUUGUAAGGGCUGGCGAAUGGGACUUGCUAACCAAACAAGAGCAAGGACAACAUGAGGAUGUGCCCAUCAGGAAGAUUGUACGACACAUUGCCUUCAAUAGGGCAAAUGGAGCCAACAAUGUGGCCCUUUUAUUUCUCAAAAGACCGCUGGACCUGACCCACCAUAUAAACCUCAUUUGCCUGCCACCAUCGAAUCGCAACUUUAUUUAUAACCGUUGCAUUGUCAGUGGCUGGGGUAGGAAGAACUUAGAGGACAACGCCUACAUGAAUGUUCAGAAGAAAAUUUAUGUGCCAUUGGUGAACAGAUCUAGUUGCCAGCGACAACUAAAAGGAUUCUUGGGGGCAAGCUUUCAUCUCGAUAACAGCCUGAUGUGUGCCGGCGGAGAGAUUGGCAAGGAUUCGUGCAAGGGCGAUGGAGGUUCCCCACUGGCCUGUCCCCUCCAAAGCGAUCCUUAUCGAUAUGAGCAGGUGGGCAUCGUCAACUAUGGAUUAGGAUGUGGAAGUGCUGUUCCUGCUGUAUACACUGAUGUUUCAAAAAUGCGGCCCUGGAUUGACUACCAGAUCCAAGAGAACGCAUUCGCUUAUCAACAGCUAAAUGCAGGAGAUGGACAAAAACUAAGAAGUGAAUACCUUAGAAACUUGUAA